AAAAAAAAAAAAAAAAAAAAAAAAAAAUUUCUCUGGCUCUCUCUCUAUUUUGCUUGCAGAGGACAAAAUCGUCGUCGGUCGCCCUCAAAACUCGACACCCCUUUUAAUUUCUCACAUAAAAACACAUACCUCUCUCUCUCUCUCUCUCUCGCUCGCUCUCUCUAUUGUUGUUGUUGUUGUUGUGUUGUAUAUACCUCACACAGUUUGUCUUCCAAUCCUCCUCGUCUGUGAUCAAUUUUUCUCUCUGCAUUCACUAAUGGUCUUGAGAUCUGUCUUCGUCUUGGCAUUCGUCUUCCUCCUUCAUUCGUUUCUCUCUCCAACCCUAGUAGGCAGAUCUAAUCUAAUGAUUGUCUCAUCUAGUGUGUGGAUUUGAAUUUGGAAGAAGCCCUGCCCUGCCCUGCCCUAGAGGAGAAUUGAAUUGGAUUGGAUUGAUUAACAAUCAUAAUAAUAAUAAUAAUACAAUGUCAUCAAUGAAGGGAAGGAGCAGGGUGUUCACGAUGGGGCUAGUGACGUCGUGGUACUCAUCAAACAUAGGGGUUUUGUUGCUGAACAAGUACUUGCUGAGCAACUAUGGGUUCAAGUACCCGAUCUUCCUAACGAUGUGCCACAUGACUGCUUGUUCUCUCCUCAGUUACAUCGCCAUUGCCUGGUUGAAGAUGGUCCCCAUGCAGACCAUCCGAUCUCGAGUCCAAUUCCUCAAGAUCUCCGCACUCAGCCUCGUCUUUUGUGCCUCUGUUGUUAGCGGUAACAUCUCUCUUCGCUUUCUCCCCGUCUCUUUCAAUCAGGCCAUUGGUGCCACCACCCCUUUCUUCACUGCCGUCUUCGCCUAUCUCAUUACCUUCAAGAGGGAGGCUUGGCUUACUUAUCUCACUCUCAUUCCUGUUGUUACUGGUGUCAUCAUCGCCAGCGGGGGUGAGCCAAGCUUCCAUCUUUUUGGAUUUCUAAUGUGUGUUGGUGCUACGGCUGCAAGGGCACUUAAAUCGGUGCUUCAAGGGAUUUUGCUCUCUUCUGAAGGGGAAAAGCUGAAUUCUAUGAACCUCCUCUUGUACAUGGCCCCAAUAGCUGUUGUGCUUCUACUUCCUGCAACACUCUUUAUGGAAGAAAAUGUAGUUGGUAUCACCCUAGCCCUUGCAAGAGAUGAUAUUUGGAUCAUCUGGUAUCUGCUAUUCAAUUCUGCCUUGGCAUAUUUUGUGAAUCUCACCAAUUUUUUGGUCACCAAGCACACCAGUGCUCUCACUCUGCAGGUCUGCCUCCCCUUCUCAGUUCUUGUGAUUCAAUGAGGUUUCAUGAUUGCUAUCAGUAGUUAUUACUUGUUUAAGAUUAGUUUCUUGAAUCAAAAUAAUUAGUCUUUGCACACUAAUCAGAGAAAGUUGGUAUUCGAUUGUAUGAAUUGUGAGAUCAUAGUAUUAGUAAUAUAUAUCUAGGAAUGCACUUCUACAGCCCUUCCUCUUAUAUGGUGGUCCCACACAUGUGAAGAGGGGAAGGCCGUGGAAUCAUGAUCAACUGGCUACACAUUUUACCCAAUUGAUGCUUGUUUCGAUUUGUUGAUGUUGCCAUAUUUUUUAUUUCCUUCAUAUGUAAUUCCUUUUGCUAUUUUAAUAUUUUUUUAAUGAUUAUUGAGUAGAUUGUUCUGUAAUAUUAAUACUGGAAAGGAAAUAUCAAAGGCUGUAUAGAACAUAUAUCCACCUUAGUUUGUAUAAUUAGAUUAGAAUGUGUGCACAGGCAAGUGAAACCCAACAGAGAUAAAUGUAUUUUUUAAUAUUCAUUAACAUAGUUAAUUUUCCACGUUCCCAUGUCUUGCUCUUGAAGACCUAACGGCCAUGUCAACUAACCAUGGCUGCAAGACAUCAAUGUGAGUAUGAAUUGUUGACCGCAUAUCUAAAAGGGCAAGUUAGGCUGAAAGGAGAGGAACCCUUUCAUUGCUUGCUAUUGACACGCUUUUCUUUUGGAAGAAAUUAUUAUGUGAUGAAUAAUCAAUGAGUAAAUCUUGCAUGUAGGAAUU